AUGGCGGGCGCCUCCGACCCCCUGGAAGAUAUGCUGUUUUCAGAGGUGGAUGAGAAAGCUGUGAGCGACCUGGUGGGCUCUUUGGAGUCCCAGCUGUCCGGACAAAGCAACCCCGGAGGGAAAGCAGAGGAAAACGGAGGCUCCGUGGCCCCCGCUAACCAUCACUUAGGGAAAACGCUACCAGCACAGGCACAACAACAACAAGGACGGCGGUAUAAUAAACCCGAGAUGCACCAGGACGCAAACUGCAAAGAUACAACUCUAACGUCUUCCCCUGCAGGAUGCACGGCUUCCUUCACCGAUCUUACCGCCACUUCUGCAGCCUGUGGCGGGUCGCAGUCACACGGAGCAUCCAUCACAACACUGACCGCUUCUGGUGUGUCAACUUUGGCAUCGACGCCGGGCAGCAUCAGCACCGCCUCCAGUAAGGUGAGCCCGGGGAAACGCGUGAACACACCGAGGAGAAACGCUUCUGCUCGGAUCAAGAGUUUGAACGGCGCCGCUGUAGGGACCAGGAGGAACAGCAACACGGGGGAAAACCUGAGCCCUCCUGUGGAUGCAACUACUCCAAACUCUGCUCCUCUGGCGGUGACAUCCUCUAUUAAUGCUUCUACUUUCACCCUGUCUCAUGCAAACAUCCCUGCAGGACAGUCAGCUAUUGCUCUGGACCGGGGGACUCCCACCAUCGCUCUGCAGAGACUCCCGAGUCACAUUGUGGCGAGCAUAGCCCAAAAUGGGACCAGUGUUUCGGCCUUGGUGCAGCAGGGUGCCCCAGUAGGAUCCACAGAAUCAGCAGAAGCAGCUCCACAGGGGAACCACAGCAAAACACUCACAGACACUUCCAAAGCAGACGAUUGUCAGUCCAAAAUUGUAAUGUCAGGUCAACCUGUUGGUGGUGUUGUUAACUCUGUAAUAAACUCUGUUGUCACACCACCACCAACAACUACAAUUACUAUAACUACAGCAGCAGCUACAACCACCGCAACAACAACAGUAUCCCAGCCUCAGAUCUCUGCUACAUCCACAGCAGGGUCUGCAUGUGUGAGUGCUCAGACUCCAUCAGUGACCUCCACUGUGAGCAUGAUCAGACCCACAAUGCCCUCCCCAACCCAGUCUACACCCCCCCGUCCUGGACUCGCAGCCCCUCAGAGGAUCGUGGCCCCCCAGCUGAUAGUGAGACCCCCUCAGCAGCAGACCACCAUCCAGCUGCCCCCCGGGUUCACCAUCCCUCAGGGGAUGGUACUGGUGCGCACGGAGCUGGGUCAGCUGGUGAUGGUUCCUCAGCAGGCAUUGGCCCAGGCCCAGGCUCAGGCUCAAGCUCAGGCCCAGAACAACAUCUCUCCACGGCCCCCCACCCCCACAGCAGGAGCCCCCACCUUCAGAGUGACCACGCCCCAGUCUCCAGUGACCCCUCAGCCCCCCAGGCAGUGUCUUCCAGCCAAGAUGGCUCCUUCUCCUUCUCCCUCUCCUUCAGGCCCUGCCCUCCAGACCUCUUCCUCCUCCUCCUCCUCUUCCUCUUCCUCCUGUCCUGCACUCCGCCCAAAGUGCCCCGUGGCUCCAGCAGUGACGGCUCCGCAGCAGACUCCCGUGGCCGUGGCCCCCCCGGCCCCCCCGCCUGCCCCCCCCCAGCCCCCCCAGCAGACGGGCGUCACCGGAGGACCCAUCGUGUCCGGGGAAAUGCAGGACAAUGUGAAGAAGUGUAAGAACUUCCUGGCCACACUCAUCAAGCUGGCGUCUCACAACUCUCCGUCUCCAGAGACCUCGAAGAACGUCAAGUCUCUGGUCCAGGACCUGCUGGAUGCAAAGAUAGAACCGGAGGAGUUCACCAGCCGGCUGCAGACGGAGCUCAAGUCCUCUCCGCAGCCCUACCUGGUGCCCUUCCUCAAGAAGAGUCUCCCGGCCCUCCGGCUCUCUCUGUUGAGCAGUCAGCACACUGUGACCCAUCCCCCGCAGCAGGGAUUCAAACCAGCACCCGGCGGCCCCCCCCCUGCCAUCGCGGCUGGGCCAGCUGUCCGCAUCCGCCCCCCCCACAGCGUCAGCGUCACCGCAGGAGCUGGGAUGGGACAUGCAGCUGGCAUGGGAAUGAGAGCAGGCGCUAUGAGUGGCCAGGUCCGGAUGCCCAUGGGGAUCCCACAUCCUGUCAGAGUGCAAGGCACAAUGUGCAAGGCAGGAUUCAUCCAAGGCAAAAGUCCCAUGGCGGUUCAGAUGUGUGGAAAUCAGAAAAACAAGCUCAACGACCCCGGAGGAGGCUCUUUCAGGGACGAUGAUGACAUCAACGACGUGGCCUCCAUGGCCGGGGUGAACCUGAACGAGGAGAGCGCCAGAAUACUCGCCACCAACUCUGAGCUGGUGGGAACGCACAUCCGUUCGUGUAAAGACGAAGCCUUCCUCCAUCCGGGACUGCUCCAUCGACGAAUCCUGGAAACAGCUAAGAAGUUUGGAGUCACAGACGUCCCGAUGGAGGCGGUCACGUUCAUCUCACACGCCGCACAAUCACGACUUCGAACUGUCGUAGAGAAGGUUUCCAGCAUCGCUCAGCAGCGACUGGACUCCUGUAAGGACGAAGAGGGCUACGAGCAGUCUGCAGACGUUCGCUCGCAGCUGCGCUUCUUCGAGCAGCUGGAGAGGAUGGAGAAGCAGAGGAAGGACGAGCAGGAGAGAGAGAUCCUGCUGAAGGCCGCGAAAAGUCGCUCCAGGCAAGAGGACCCAGAGCAGGCUCGUCUGAAACAGAAAGCUAAAGAGAUGCAACAGCAGGAACUGGCACAGGUGAGGCAGCGAGAGGCUAACCUUACAGCACUAGCCGCCAUCGGACCCCGAAAAAAACGUAAAAUGGAUUCACCGGGGGCCACACCAUCAGGGACCGAGGUGUCAGGCAGCUCGAUGGGCUCCCCGUCCGGCUCCUCCGCCCCCUCCUCCUCGUCGCGUCAGUACGCACGGCAGCGCAUCACACGCGUCAACCUCAGGGAUUUAAUCUUCUACAUGGAGCAGGAGAGAGAGACCGCCCACUCCCUCCUCCUCUACCGCGCCCUGCUCAAGUAGCCUCAACCCCCCCCCCCCC